GGCUCGCGAGCCGAAGGCGUCAGACGCGUGGGGUAUACAUCUAGCUCCUCGCGCUAUCUCUCCGUCGUGCACCCGAGCGCCGUGCUGCCGCGUAAUGGGAGGACGCGAUCGAGUCGCGUCCCCGGCGGUCUGAGUGCGAGCAAAAGGCUGCCGUCUGCAGAAAAUAGCUGUCCACUAAGAAGAUUCACGAAUUCUAGAGGUCAUUUCGUAAGAACGAGCGAAGGAAGACGCUGUUUAUCGACUGUGCGAAAAUGCCGGCUCGCGGCUGGAGACGUGCGUGGCUGAGUGGGCGGUCACGCACGGGCGGCUGAGGUGAAUUGCGGUGAAGCUGCGGCCGCAGGGCAAUGGCACCGUCUCCGGUGGCCGUCAGUCUGGCGCUGCUGGCCGUGGGUGUGGUUGUGGCCGAGCAGGCGCCGCCGCCGCCGCCGCCACCCCCGCUGCGCUACGAGGCGCCCGACGACUGCAAGUGGCACCGGCUGCGCGACUCGGCCGACGUGGCCCUCACGUGCAAGCUGCGCACCGUCAACAGCGAGUUCGACACGACCAACUUCAGCGUGAUCCCGGCCGAGCACACGACGUCGCUGCACGUGGAGUGCGACGCGUCGGUGCGGUGGCGCAGCUCUGUCGAGGAGCGCGGGCUGGCGCACCUGUCGCGGUUGCGCGAGCUGGCCGUCGACUACUGCAAGCUGGCCAAGUGGCCCUCGGCGGCCCUCGCCGGCCUCCGCGACCUGCGCAACCUCACCGUCCGCACGCACAACUCGGACUGGCCCGCCUUCAGCCUCGAGAUGUCGCCGCGAAGCUUCGACCCCGUGCCGCAGCUCGAGAGACUCGAUCUCAGCUUCAACAACAUCUGGUCCUUCCCCGACGGCAUCUUCUGCCCGUUGACGACGUUGGUCACGCUCAACGUCAGCUGGAACCGGCUGCAGGACAUAACUGAGAUGGGCUUUCGCGAAAGGGUGGCCGUACCUCAACCGUUAAUGAGUUCUCCAGACGAACAGGCGCCGGAGACCGCCCAACAGGUCCCCAAGGAACCGCCGUGUGGACUCGAUAUCCAAGUGCUGGACGCAUCAUUUAAUCAGUUUGUGUUGAUGCCACCGAACGGCUUCAGCACCCUCCGGCGUUUACGAGCUCUACUUCUCCACGACAACUCCAUCACUACCGUUGCCGACAAAGCGCUCGGAGGACUCAAAUCGCUGCAGGUAUUUGACCUUUCUAAUAAUGGAGUAGUUGCACUUCCCCCUGAGCUCUUCCUCGACUGUUCGUCAGUAAUAAAAGAAAUACAUCUUCAGAAUAAUUCCAUUAGUGUGCUUGCUCCGAAACUCUUCACUAACCUUGGCCACCUGCUUCUUUUAGAUCUUUCCAGCAACGAACUAACUAGUGCUUGGAUCAACAGUGAAACAUUUUCUGGAUUGAUACGACUUGUUCUCCUAAACCUGUCGCAUAAUCGGAUAUCAAAGCUAGAUCCGUCUUUUUUCCGUGAUCUGUACACCCUACAGAUACUUAACCUGAACCACAAUGAACUGGAAGCUAUACCCGCGGACACAUUUUCUCCUAUGAACAACCUACAUACUUUGUCACUUUCUCACAACAAAAUCAGUCAGCUGGAUGCAUAUGCACUUAACGGAUUGUUCGUGUUGAGCCUUCUCUCUAUCGACAACAACCAUCUUAAAGAUAUUCAUCCUGAGGCAUUUCGUAAUUGUAGCAGCUUGCAAGAUCUGAAUCUGAACGGCAACGCGCUCACAUCUGUUCCAAAGGCCUUGCACGAGAUGCGUCUCUUACGAACUGUAGAUUUAGGGGAGAAUCUCAUUAAAGACUUAGACGAUCCGGGAUUUUCUGGGAUGAAUAAUCUGUACGGCUUACGGCUCAUAGGAAACCAUCUCACGAAUAUAAGUAAAAACGUUUUUGACGAACUCCCGUCCUUGCAGAUACUCAAUCUAGCGCGAAACAAAAUACAACAUGUCGAACAGGGUGCAUUUGAUGACAGCAAAAAUUUGCAGGCCAUUAGGCUAGAUGCCAACUUGCUGACAGAUAUUAACGGCCUCUUCGUAAAUGUGCACAGUCUGCUGUGGCUGAAUAUAUCUGACAACAAUUUAAGCUGGUUCGAUUACGCUCUCGUCCCAAUGAGCUUACAGUGGCUCGACAUGCACAAAAACAACAUAGAAGAACUCGGCAACCACUACAGGCUGGAAGAAAGGUUACGAAUACAGACGCUGGACGUGAGCUUCAACAAACUAACGCACAUCUCUGAAGCUUCGAUUCCAGACAGUGUCGAGUUGUUAUUUCUAAACGAUAACCUGAUACACACCGUCGAGCCACACACUUUCUUAAAGAAGGUUAACCUCACGAGGGUAGACUUGUACGCAAAUCAGAUCGUGACGAUGGAACUGAACGCAAUGCUUCUGUCGCCGAUAGAAGACGGUAAGCCGCUGCCUAGUUUCUACAUAGGGGGAAACCCGUUCCAAUGCGACUGCGACAUGGAGUGGCUCCAGCGAAUCAACAGCCUCGACCAUUUACGCCAGCACCCGCACGUCAAGGAUCUGGAGAGCAUAUACUGCAAGCUCAUCUACAACCGUCACCGUACUUACAUACCACUGGUGGAAGCCGAGCCAUCACAGUUUCUGUGUACGUACAAGACUCACUGCUUCGCCCUGUGCCACUGUUGCGACUUCGACGCGUGCGACUGCGAGAUGACGUGCCCGCCCAAUUGUACCUGUUACCACGACGAGUCUUGGGCCGCUAACAUCGUCGAUUGUACGAAUGCAGACUACACCGAAAUGCCGGUUAACAUCCCGAUGGACGCCACAGAGGUCUACAUAGACGGGAAUAAUUUCGGAGAAAUAUCCAGCCAUUCUUUCAUAGGAAGAAAAAAUCUGAAGAUUCUGUACGCUAAUAAUUCGAACAUAGAGGCCAUAUAUAACAACACGUUCAGCGGUUUGUGGCAGUUGAGUAUUUUACACCUGGAAAAAAAUCGGUUGAGAGAGCUGCAAGGUUUCGAACUGGAGAAACUGGAGAACCUGCACGAACUGUACCUACAGGACAACGAACUCCGCAGGAUCAACAACCGAACCUUCGUGCGCAUGAAACAGCUGCAAGUGCUGCGCCUGGACGGGAACCAGCUGACCAGAUUCGAGGUGUGGGUGCUGUCGCAGAACCCGUACCUGGUGGAGAUCGGGCUGGCGGGGAACCCCUGGUCGUGCGACUGCGAGUACACGCGGCAGUUCCGCAGCUGGCUGCGCGCCAACUACGGCAAGGUGGAGGGCGCGUCGGCCGUGGUGUGCGCGCUGGGGCCGGCCGUGGCGCAGCUGGACGCGGCCACGUGCGCCGCGCUGGUGGCCAGCGUGACGAAGGCGGUGGGCCGGCGCGACGUGCACGACUACCUGCCGCUGUCGCUGCUCGCGCUCGCCGGCCUCCUCGCAGCCGUGGCCGCGCUCUCCGCCGCCCUCUACUACCGCCGCCAGCUGCGCGCCUGGGCCACGUCGCGCUGCCGCUUCCGCAACUGCUACGAGGCCACCGCCUCCUUCCACGAGGACCACGCCGACCGCCUCUUCGACGCCUACGUCAGCUACAGCGUCAAAGACGACGCCUUCGUCAGCCAGGUGCUGGCGCCGGGCCUCGAGCAGGGCGACCCCCCGUUCCGGCUGUGCCUGCACUACCGCGACUUCAACGUCAGCGCCUACAUCGCCGACACCGUCGUCGAGGCGGUCGAGUCGUCGCGGCGCACCGUCGUCGUCCUCUCCAAGAACUUCGUGCAGUCCGAGUGGUGCCGCUUCGAGUUCAAGUCGGCGCUGCACCAGGUGCUGAAGGAGCGCCGCCGCCGCCUGGUGGUGGUCUCGCUGGGCGACGUGUCGCAGCGCGACCUGGACCCCGACCUGCGGCUCUACCUGAAGACGGCCACCGUCGUGGAGUGGGGAGACCGGCUGUUCUGGCAGAAGCUGCGCCUCGCCAUGCCCGACGCCAAGAAGGGCGCGCGCGGCCGCGGAAGCGCCAGGGCGCGCCAGCCGCCGCCGGCACGCUUCCCCCGGGACGCCCCGCAGCCACAGCCGCUGUGGGCGUAGCGCAUAUUCCGCCGCAGUCGGAAGCUCUGGUCAAGAGACGUGGAGUGGCCCCUGGGUCGCGGCUUCUACUACCAUGUGAUCACCGGCCGGCACGUCUGGACAUCGGAGAACAACGACGUUAGCGGCGAAGAUUCCGCCUAAAAUAUUUUCGAAUGUUACCAAUGUUCGUCCAUUUCUAUAGCUCGUUUAUCUUAAUUGCUUAAUAAAGAUACACAUUUAUAAAGUACUGCCAUGAUGAAAUCUGGCAUGACGCUAUGUAUCACAAGUGAUAUCGUACCCUUGUUACAAUACGAGAAACUUCCCC